AUGGAUGCUGUUCAACAAUUCCCUCAACAACCCAAAGAGGAGGACAUGGCAGCACCACCUAGUCCCAGAGAAGGCCAGGAUGCCAUCAGGAAGAUGAAAAUCAACAAAGCUGCUGGUCUUGACGGAACUCGGCAGAAGAUGAGCCAGUCUGAGAAGCAUAAGAGCAGAGGGUCUCCCAGUGGAGGAGGCCAUGGGGAGGAGGUGGGAGAUGAGGAGGAGCAAGGAGUGAUGGAGAACGGCACACCUCUAAUGGCCCCGGCACUGGAGGCUUCGCUGAUAUUGGAGAAACCCUCCACCAGUACAGAUAGCCCUCUCUCAGCUUGCCCAGCCUUUCAGUGCCUAGAUGAGCUUUUCACCUCAGGCAGAAUUUGUAGGAACAAAAUGGCCUCACUGAAGGCCAGCUACAAGCUGCUCCAUGACACUCUGAGAAGUAUGCAAGAGUCAGAGAUCAAGUUCUUGGAGGAGGCUAAGUCUUGUCAGACAAAGCUGGAAGAGCUGCAGGCUGAGAUGGACAAGGCAGAGGAGGAGAUCACUUCUGAGGUGCCUGAAACUGAGGUUACCCGACUGAGGAAACAGCUUCUCCAGGUGUACAAUUACCUGAAAUCAGCUGAAGCCAAAGGAGACGAGAUGCAGUAUGAACUGGAGUGUCUCCAGGAAGAGAAGUUGUGCUUGGAGAAAGAGCUCAAGACACUGCCCAAAGCUGCUGAGCUGGAUGACAGCUGGGUGACAGACCUGAGGAACAGAAGUGAGGACCUGAAGAAAGAGGUGGCUGAGAGGCAGUUAGAAAUCAGGAGUCUAAAAGAGCGUAGAGAAACCCAUAUUAUGCAGAUACAGAGAGAACAGAAAGAGCUGGAAGAAACGAAGAAAAUCAUAGAGAUCAAACAGUCUGAGAUUGCCCAGAACCUCACCAUACAUGCCCCUCUUGUCAAAGAGAAUGACAGAUUAAGCCAUGAGAAGGCGUCUUCUACAUCAGUGGUUCCCAACCCGGGGUCCGCGCACCCCUUAGGGGGGCACCUGAGAGCCCAGGGGAGGCUGUGUGGCCCACACGCGGUUGAUGAAGUGAAAACCGACCCACUCUCUGACCACACCGUCAAAGACAGAAUUAAUAAAAUGGCUGGAGAUUGUCAGAACAAGCUGCACAAGAAGCUUAGGAAUGUUCCCGUUGCCAUUCAGUUGGAGGAAAUGACAACAGUGCCAGACGAAAAUGCAGCAGAGAAGACAGCAGCACUUGACAAGGAAAUCUCAGAGAUGAAGAGGCACCUGAAAGAGGCGGAUGAGCAUAACUUCACUCUGGAGGAGGAGAGGAGGGAGCAGGUGAAGGUGAUGGAGGGGCGCAGAGCCAAAGUGGAGGCCGUGGAGAAGGAGCACAGAAUGUUGCUGAAGGAGAAAGAACUCCUUAAGGAGAGGCAGACUGAACUGCUGGGGCACAGGGCUGUGCUGGAUAUGAAAUUGGAAGACACUGAGGCCGACAACAAGUUCCUGUAUAAGAAAACACGUGCGCAGCUCAAAAACAGAGACAGGCAGAUGCAAGCCUUGAAGAAAAUGAAGGUUGAAUUGCAAUUAGCCAAUGAAAAGUGGGCUCAAACACAGUUAAUCUGCAACAAGACUCAAACAGAGAGCGAUGCUCUUCCUCAAAGAGAAGCCUUUUUUGAGAGGAGGAGGGAGCUUCAGAAAGAUAUAGAUGCUCUCAGAACCAGGCUUACACAACAGCAGCCAGCGCUGGCUGAAGAGGAGGGGCGCUGGAGUGAAAAGCAAGAGCUGCUGAGGAAGGCCGAAUGCGUCAGAGAGGAACUUCACAGCCUCCACUGUCUGACGAGGAUCAAAGCUGACGAGAUGCAUCAGAAACACUGCGACAUGCUCAGGGUUGAGAAAAUGUAUAACCGUAUCAAGCAGGAACUGAAAGAGAAAGACCUGAUUAUCAACGAGUAUAAGAACUGCAACACUUCACUUCAAAACAGGGUUUCACGCUUUGCUAAUGUUUCCAGUGUGAUGAAGAAGGAAAAGGAUAGGUGUGUCAGCCUGAAACAGGUUGCUUUGCAUCAGAUUGCCAAGAUGACGGAGAGUCUUAAGGUCUUGGAGAACAAUAACCACAGGCUGCGCAAAAGUAACAUAAAAAGAGACAGACUGCUUGCAUUGGCCCGUAUGAAACACUCCCACAGCUGCCAACUGAGAGACUGCCUACGCAAUGAUGUUUCCAAAGUGACAUGGAAGCUUCUGGAAAUGGGCCAGCAGUGUGAGGAGCAGAAACUGGAAUUGGUGAACCUCACACAAAUGAUUGACAGCCAGGAGCAGGCACAGCUGGAAAGAACCAAAAGCUAUGAUACAGCCAUACAGAGACGCAAUGACCUUGGUGUUCAACUACUAGAAUGUGAGGAGGAGACUUGCAUCUUGUAUGACAAGGUGAACAUCCUAGAGGCAUUAGCUGCCAAAGGCAGCAUGGCACUGGAGGCCCUGGAGGAGGAGACGAAAGGCCUGCAGCUGGACGUCAGAGAGGAACAGAGACAGACAGAGCUGACGAAAAAGACGGUGUCCGACAAAAGAAAACUGGAAAGACAGAUUGUUACCUUGCAAAUACAGCUAUCAGAAGUUAAGGACCACAACCAGAAGAUGGAGAAAGCUCUACAAGACCCCUGUUGUGAGAACAGAACCAGAGACCUAAAAGGCACAGACCCUACACAUGAAGAACUCGUUAGGAAGAUUAAAAAGCUUGAGGUGUGUUUAGCAGAGCAUGAGGAGCAACUGAUAGAGAAGUGCCUUCAUCUGGAUCAAAUGACUUGGCUCUCUAAGAUAGUCGAAGAGCGGGUGGAGAAUGGCCAGCUUGACAGACUGAUGCUAGCUAAGAAGAUAAAUGAAUCCCAGUAUUGUAUAAGAGAUAUUGAUGAACAGAUAAUGUCCACUACUGUCGAGCUGUCCAUGAUGCAGGCUACUACCUGGCGUCUCAAGCAGGAGAUGAGGGAGAAAGAACAACAGGUGGACAGUUGCCAGUGUCGGCUGGAGCAGGGCCUGUCCCCUUGCCCUGAGAUAGAGGAGGAGUGGAAGAAAGUACUCCGGGACAAAAAGAGGAGGCAGAGGGACAAAGCAGAGAAAGAGAGGAGUCAGUUGGCUAAAGAAGAGGACAGCAGAGCCAAGUGCCGUCCCAGAGCGUACAUACCCGAGGACGACGGACUGCCCCUGCCUAAACCCUACGGAGCACUGGCACCAUUCAAACCCUUGGAGCCAGGCAUCAACAUCAGGCACAUCCGUAAACCAAAGCUCAAACCUAUAGAGCAAUAG